CAGAAAUCAGAGGGGGCGAGUGGCAAUGAAAGCGGACCUCGAGGCUACUCUUCCCAAACUGCCUCCGCUCCCCUCGCCAACAAGCACUGGUCGCAGCCCAACUUUCGGCAUAGCCCUCGUGAUCGUCACCUUCGCAGCGUUUAUCGGCUUCACCGCCCUCUCGCCAUCCGGCCUGCGACUGUACCUCCUCAUCUGCACCCUCGUCGAGACCGGUGUCGCGCUGGCAUGCGUGUGGAUCGUGGUGUUCGUGGAGCCGCCGCACAUCCAGCGCACACCGGAAUCCACGCUUCCCAUCCCGCGAGAAGUGGAGACUCGCUUAGCGGCGGGCCAGACGACUGAGGGCAUGGAGAAUGUGAAGGACGAGUCGGGUCGGACGUUUUGUGUGCGCUGCCUCGUCUGGCGGCCGAGCGGCGGCGUCGAGUCCAAAGAGGACACCAUUUUCUGGCGGCGGCGCGCGAAGCGGCAGACGGCGCAUCACUGCCGCUACUGCCAGCGCUGCGUAAUUGGUCACGACCAUCACUGCUCGUUGAUCGGCCGCUGCAUCGCGGGCGAGGGGGGGGCACGAGGAUCGGGCAAUCUCAAGUAUGUCCAGCUCGGCUUCGCGAUGGCAGGCCUGGCCUUCCUCACGGUGUGCGUGGCGCUGGCGGGCACGGCCUUCACUUCUUGACGCCAACGGGGCGCGGGGAGCUGCUCCCCGUAUUCCAGUCCGCGUCCACGCAUGCCGGCUGCGACGCGCGGAGAGCAGAGUCUCUGAUCAUAGUCCCGAUCCCCGUGGUGCCGGAGCGGGGCGGGAAGCGCGAUAGCCUAGCGAAGUAGCGAUGGAGCAGCACAGCAAAUGGCAUGAGAGCCUAGCGUGUAGUGUACAGGGAGGAGACCGGAGAGCAUGCACAAACCCACACGACAGGUGUCGACCCUCCUGAGCAUAUCCUCACACGAUAUAUCUUGUGCACUGAUAGGGUCGAUACCGCAUGGUACGGGACCCUAUAUGAACGCUAUCUAAAGUGAGAGAGUCCUGACGAGACGUGUGUCGUAUAUCGAUUGUCGCGGUCCCCGACUAUGAACGCUAUCUAAAGUGAGAGAGUCCUGACGAGACGUGUCGUAUAUCGAUUGUCGCGGUCCCCGACUAUGAACGCUAUCUAACGUGAGAGAGUCCUGACGAGACGUGUCGUAUAUCGAUUGUCGUCGGGGACUCGGGAGAGACGGAGAGCGAGAGAGCACCGCGGGGGAGGGUUUAUAGAGGUAUCGUGUGUCUCGC